AUGCGGACGGACUAUACUAACCUCAACAGCACCGUUCCCACCAAGGACCAGGUCCUCGUCCCCGAGACCCUCCUCAAGAAGCGCAAGAGCCAGGAGCAGGCUCGCGCUGAGCGCCGUGCCGAGGCCGAGCAGAAGAAGAAGGUCGGUUUUUUCCCCUUUCACAUCUCGCGACCCCCUUCCCUCAUCAACCUGAUGACAACAACCAACCACGCGACUAGACCUAAGGUCAAUGCUGUCGCUUCUUUCUUCCAGGCCAACAAGGAGAAGCGCGCUGUCAUCUUCAAGCGUGCCGAGUCCUACGUCAAGGAGUACCGCGACGCAGAGCGUGAGAAGAUCCGUCUCUCCCGCGCUGCCCGCCAGGAGGGCAACUUCUACGUUGAGGAUGAGCCCAAGCUGGUCUUCGUUGUCCGUAUCAAGGGUAUCAACAAGAUCGCUCCCAAGCCCCGCAAGAUCCUCCAGCUGCUCCGUCUGCUGCAGAUCAACAGCGGCACCUUCAUCCGCCUCACCAAGGCCACCCAGGAGAUGCUGACUAUCGUCAACCCCUACAUCGCCUACGGUUACCCCAACCUGAAGAGCGUGCGCGAGCUCCUGUACAAGCGCGGUUACGGCAAGCUCAACAAGCAGCGUGUUCCCCUGACCGACAACCAGCUGAUCGAGGAGCACCUCGGCAAGUACGGCAUUGUCUGCAUGGAGGACCUGAUCCACGAGAUCUACACCGUUGGCCCCAACUUCAAGCAGGCCAACAACUUCCUGUGGCCCUUCAAGCUGUCCAACCCCAACGGUGGCUUCCACUCCCGCAAGUUCAAGCAUUUCGUUGAGGGUGGUGACACCGGUAACCGUGAGGAGAACAUCAAUGGUCUCAUCCGCCAGAUGAACUAG